AUGGGGAUGCCAUUGGAUGUUGGGAAACGUGACAGUGCUGCUACAUUCGUCAAGGAUUUUGAACCCACAACCUUUGUCUCCAGGGAUUUUCUUCCACGAGGAUCUGGAAUUGUAACAAGAAGACCGUUAGUUUUACAACUUAUCACUGCCAAAACAGAAUAUGCUGAGUUUCUACACUGCAAAGGGAGGAAGUUUACAGAUUUUGAUGAAGUUCGUCAAGAAAUUGAAGCUGAAACAGACAGAGUAACAGGAAUGAAUAAAGGCAUUUCUUCAAUACCUAUUAAUUUAAGAGUAUAUUCACCACAUGUGUUAAGCUUGACCCUUAUUGAUUUGCCUGGAAUCACUAAAGUGCCAGUAGGGGAUCAACCUCCAGAUAUUGAACAACAGAUAAGAGAGAUGAUUAUGCAAUUCAUCUCUCGAGAAAACUGUCUGAUCCUGGCUGUGACUCCAGCCAACACUGAUCUUGCCAACUCGGAUGCAUUGAAGUUAGCUAAAGAAGUAGACCCUCAAGGACUUAGAACCAUUGGUGUCAUCACAAAAUUGGAUCUGAUGGAUGAAGGAACAGAUGCCAGAGAAAUUUUGGAGAACAAAUUACUCCCUCUUCGUAGAGGGUAUAUUGGAGUCAUAAACCGAAGUCAGAAAGACAUUGAUGGCAAGAAAGAUAUUAAAGCAGCUCUGCUGGCAGAAAGGAAAUUCUUCCUUUCCCAUCCAGCCUAUCGGCAUAUGGCAGAUCGGAUGGGAACACCAUAUCUGCAAAAAGUUUUAAAUCAGCAACUCACCAAUCACAUUCGGGAUACGUUGCCAGCCUUCAGGAGCAAACUUCAGAGCCAAAUGCUUUCUAUAGAACAUGAAGUGGAGGCAUACAAAAAUUUCAAACCGGAAGAUCCAACUAGAAAGACCAAAGCCUUACUGCAGAUGGUUCAACAGUUUUCAGUGGACUUUGAAAAAAGAAUUGAAGGAUCAGGGGACCAGGUUGACACAUUAGAACUGUCUGGUGGUGCCAAAAUCAAUCGCAUUUUCCAUGAGCGUUUUCCUUUUGAACUAGUAAAGAUGGAAUUCAACGAGAAAGAACUGCGGAGAGAAAUUAGCUACGCAAUCAAAAAUAUACAUGGUAUCAGAACAGGUUUGUUUACUCCAGACAUGGCCUUUGAGGCUAUAGUUAAAAAACAGAUAGUGAAGCUGAAAGGGCCUUCCUUAAAAAGCGUGGAUCUGGUGAUGCAAGAGUUAAUCAACACUGUCAAGAAAUGCACAAAAAAGUUGGCAACCUAUCCAAGACUUUGCGAAGAAACUGAAAGGAUUGUUGCUGGCCAUAUUCGAGAAAGGGAGGAGAAGACCAAGGGACAGGUAUUGCUGUUGAUCGAUAUCCAGGUAUCUUAUAUCAACACCAACCAUGAAGACUUCAUUGGCUUUGCAAACGCCCAACAAAGAAGCAGUCAGGUUAACAAAAGUACAGUUGGAAAUCAGGUAAUCCGGAAGGGCUGGUUGACCAUCAACAAUAUUGGCAUCAUGAAAGGAGGCUCCAAGGAAUACUGGUUUAUUCUGACUGCAGAAAGCUUGUCCUGGUAUAAAGAUGAUGAGAAACGCAGAAAUACUGACAUUCAAGAUAAAGGAUAUGUUUACACAGUACAUAUUUUCUAGGAGCAGAUAAGUACCACAAUCUUGCAUGUAAAAAAAAAAUCUUUCUGUAUAAAUGGAAGCAACCCAAUAAGGCAGAAUAUGCUGGAAGUGAAACUGAUGUUAUAUGAGACUUUUGUUUUAGAACAUUCAAAGGGAGUUUAGUUUACUAAUAAUUCAUUUAGCAUAACAUUUUAAUUUCAAAUUCCCCUGAGCAUGCCUAACUUAUGUUAAACAAUAAAAAAUAAAAAACAGUGUUGGAUUAAAAUGUAUGUUCCAUAUUUUUUUAAUAUAAAUUAUGGUUUCUCAAGUCAUUGUUGCUCACUAGCGCCACCAGGAGUAGUUUUUAGAGGUCAUUCUAACUGUAUUUUUAGACUUUUCUAAAACCUGUGCCAUACUGAACAAAAGGAAUUCAAAAAUUACUCCAGGUUGAACAUUGGCCAGAAUAGGGUUGAUUUUUAUUAAAGGGCUACAAGAUAAAUAUUUUUCAGUAUUUUUGUUUGUUUGUUUUUUAAGUUUCAUGAUAGAUAUGAACUAUUCUACUAUUCUGGCCCUAAUUUCUAUAUUGCUUCAAGUAACAGACUAGUUUCAACUUUAUGCAUUAUCAGCUUUAAACCUUGCAAGUUGAAAUUUAGGUAUAUUAAAAAAACCCCCAAAAAACACGACCAAAAACUCCAUGUAUAAUUUAUUUCAGUUAAGACAAUAGAUGUGUAAUGUCUUCAACUAUUAUUUAAAAUGUUAUAGGAAUUCCAAGUGAAAUUACAGCUGAGUACUUCUAAGGUUGUACUUUUGCCCUCCAAUAGCCUGACAGUUUUAAAAGAUAAGUUCAUAAUGUCGACUACUCCAUUGCUUUCAUGAAAAGUAAAUGAUAAAUCAGAAAUGCUUUUAAAACUACAUAAAAUGAUUUGUUAAUUUUAAGUUUCAUCUGCUUUCAUUUGUGGAUUUGGUGCUCAAAAGUGUCAAGGAUCUUUACCCUGGAGGAAAAACCUAGGAGCGUGCCUUUCUAUUGUUCUUUUUUGGAACGCUGAAACAAUUGUCUAGGAAAAAAACCCAAACAAUCCACCCUUGGAACCAAUAGCACAAAAGGAUCAAAGCCUAAAUGCACAGGGCACUUUAAUAUGGGCAGCAAGUAUUUGUGGAACAGGGUUGGGAGGGCGAGGAUAAAAGGAGGUGAGUUAUUUGGUGGUGUUCUAGAAAUCAGAAAUUACUGACCAAACACAGGAAGACUGAAUAGAAUAAUGCGGUUCAGUGGUUUUAAGAAGUGGAACUGAGGAGAGUAUAUUUCAUUCUUAAACUAACCGUUUCACUUAGUACUUCAUGAUCAGGCUGUUAUAGUCCGUUGGUUAAUAUAUACUUUAAAAAGGCACUCGUUACAUGUUUACAAAAAUUGUGCACUGAGUGGCUAUUUUUUGUGCAAUAUAUGAUAAAGGAAUUAAUAAAAUAUAGUUUGAUUUAAGUAAAUCACUAUUUCAAAUAUAUUAUGAAAGCAUAGGAAUGCAGAAGCAGAAAACCUCGUAGACUACUACGGAAACCUAUAUUAAAAUAUCAUUGAAGGGUCUGACUUUAACUGUUGGUAGCUACAGAACUGAAUUAAGACUGAAAUUUUAUGCAAUUGCAACAUGUACUGUUCUGUAUUCAAGUGGGUGAUAUAUAUUUUAAAGAAACUAUAUAUAAUGCAGUACUAAAGCACACUGGAGUGAAUAAAGAGAGUUCCAACUUUAAUUUUUGGUAUUUCCUGUCUCUUGUAGGUAAAAGCCUGACCCUUAAUGUUAUUUUAACUUGGAAUUUUCUAUGCAGCACAGUUCUAGUAAGUAGAGCUCUUUGCAAGUAAGGUUGAAAUAUGCAGUUGGAGAUGAGAAAAGCACUAUUCCUAAAAUAAAAUACUUUUUUUUUUUUUAAGUAAAGAAAUUGGAUCUUGGACGACGUAUGAGACCAUUUUUAUUUAUUUCACAUUCUGAUUAAUAUAUUUGAUUCCCUAACCCUGACACGAUUGUAUUGUACUAUUUAAUAUGUCUAGAAGUUAGAAAAAUGCUGGUAUUUUACUUUUUUUUGCUUAUAGUAUUUCCCACAUAGCAAUGAUACUUGGGUGGUCUGCAGAAGUGUGUUUGUGUGUGAGGAGUGGGGGAAGGUGGUAGUGUUUUAGUCUAUCUGGCUAAGACAAACACAUUAGCCAGAGCGAAUAGCCCUAACAGGGGAGGGAGAACAUGCAACUUAGUGACAAAGGGUUGAAGACUCAGUGGCUUUUUCUCCCUUUGAGCAUUUUUUUCAAUGUGUCUGUCUGGAAUUUGAUUUCAUUUCUAUAAGGUCAAGGAGUUGCUUCCUUUAGUUCCUGUUUUCCUUCUUUUUAUUAAAUGAGUCGUCAUCUUAAAAAAAAAUUAUUUUUUCUUUUCCCCCAUUCUCCCUCUACUUACUUUUUUGGACAUAAUAGUUUAUUUUUUAAAGAAAAUGACUUGUCUAACUGAUCCAUUGUACAGAAACACGGACCUAGCGGUGAAAAGGUGGUUGUACUGAUUUUAAUUUGCCUUUUCUGUUGUUGUGUUAUCUAUAGGAAAAGUCUUUCACAUCAGACAGUCCACUGUAUGCAUUCGUUUUGAGUGCUUGUACAGUUGUGGAACCAUGAAACUGUCUAAAUUUUUAAAUUUAUCCCUCCCUAAAUGCAAUUAAUAUUUCCAGUCUGUGCAAAUCCUAUUGUUUCUUCUUUGUUCUCUAAUAGUCUGGUUAUUGAUGGUAUGUGUUUCUAUGAAUGCACAUUUAUAAUUUAUUUUUAUAAUCAGAUUCCCAUAAAUAUUCUUUCCUUAUUAGUAUCAAAUCAAAUGUCUGCAAUAAAGUAUGAUUCUUUUUCUCUGGCUGGUUAAAAUCAACUAGACCUUGUUUCAACUCAAACUGUGUUUGUUUUUUUCUCAAGAAGAGUAGGGUUACUUUAAUUCAUAUUUUGAAAUUGUUUUGAUUGCUGUAUUGAAGUACGUAUUUCCUUGUCCCUUACAAACAAUACAGUCUUUCUUUUCCUAUCUAUUUGCAUACUGCAAUCUCCCUCCAUUUUUUCCAAAACUCACACCAAGGGGGCCCCCCUGUAUCUUCAACCAUAUAGUCUAUAAAUGUAACUUUGAGGAGUGGUGGGGGUGGCGGAAAUAAUUCCUAAAUACAUGGAAGUUUCAUGUAUUUCAAGUUUCCUUGAAACUAUAGCUGAGCAAAUUUCUUAGUGUGGAGCAAAGACUCUGAAGCCUACGUAUUUCCUUCCACUUAAACAAAAUUCAAGCCAUGAAACUUCAGAUUUGCCAUGCCUAAAACAACUUUUAUAUUAGAAGCAAGAAAUAUUAAUGUAUAUGAAUUGUUUCAUUUCUCUGCUUUUCCUGUUGCCUCUUAUUUCUGUUAACAACUUUGCAUUAAACGUGCUAUUACUUUUCUGAUCACUUUUUCUAAAAUAGAUCAAGAACACAAAAUUCUGAUCACAUUGUAACUUAUUAGUAAAAUAUUUUUUCUGUGCCAAAGACGAGAUAAAAUCUCUUGUGGAAUAGAACCAAAGAAGGUAUAUAAUAAAACUAUAUUUUUAGUUAAAAUACACAAACUACGACGCAAGGUAGGGGAAAUAAGAGUGAUAAUUCUUGCUUUAUAAGCAGGUUGAUCCCAGUAUAGGAACUGUGAAGCUAAAGCUGA